CCGGCUGUCUCGAAUUUAGCUAUAUAUAUACGACUUGACGUCCCCCACCACUCAGAUCCAAGUUUCUUCUUUCCCAUUCUUUCCUGGCGGCGAGAGGUGAUUUAACCUCAAGAAAGGGAUCAAAUUGUUUAUUGCUUAGAAAAUUACUAAGUAUUUUUGGAGUAAUUGAAUUCUCUAGAUGCUGUGGUGAAUUUGAGAGAUUUCUUGGAUGGAAACAUCUUGACGUGUUUGAUAAUCACUUGCAGAAGUGGAAGAAGUGAAUUUGUAAAUUUUAUAAUUCAAUAAAUAUUAAUCAAAAAGUGAAUUUUUUGGAGAAAUGUCGUACCAGGGUUCACCUUUUUCUGGGAGGUAUGGUCCCGAGGAUUAUGAACUCGAUGAGGAUAAUGAUGAGUACUUGGACGAUGAGAGAGAUGUUGAAGACCCUGAUGAAACUGAUGAAGAUACCGAAGAGGCAAGUGAAACAGACAUGGGAAAGUCUGAGGAGUACACAGAAAUCAAAGAGCAGAUCUAUCAGGAUAAAUUGGGCAAUCUAAAGAAACAACUACAACAAUUGAAAGAUAAUACUCACCCAGAGUACAACAAGAAGGUGAAGAGGCUGGAGGCGCAGUACCACGAGAGAUUACGGCUGAACGACAUUUAUCGUGAUUACCUGAUUGAUUGGGCCGAGAAAGAUUACAAAUUAGAGCAAAAAGCUGCUGCCAAAGAGUAUGAGGAGAAAAAAGUUGAUUUGAAAGAGAAUUUAUUAGCUGACAUGGAGGAGAAGAGAAAAAUGAUUGAAUCUGAUCGACAAACUAUGGAAUUGGCUGGAGAUUCCACAGAGCAAUACAAGGUGAAACCAGUGAUGACGAGAAAAUUAAGGCGAAGACCUAAUGAUCCCGUGCCUGAAAAGGUUGAAAAGAGGAGAAAAGUACUUCAAGUACAGGUGAAUUAUCUUUUGGAUGAGAAAGAGGUUGAGAGUGAUUUGAAAGCUAUCAGCAGAGGAAAAGUUAUGACUGCUGUGAGGAAACAGGUGGUCAUGCCACAUUAUAAUCCAGUAAAUAUUCCAGCGUCACACAUUCCACAGUUGUCUGAGGGCCCAUUAGUUGAAACGAAAAUUGAAGAUGGGAAAUUAUUAUACGAAAGACGAUGGUAUCACAGAGGGCAACCGAUUUAUGUAGAAGGAAAAGAUUUAUCCAAAUUUGCUGCUAACAUAUCAGCGAUUGGAACUGAAGCUAUCUGGGUGAAAAAAGUAUCGGACGCAUCGAAAGUCCGAAUAUUUACAGCUCAAUUGAGCCGUGGUAAAGUAUCAAUAAAGCGUCGUGCCUCAUAACAUAAAAAAAAACCGAGGAUUGUCCUCAGACUCUCGAGAUCACGUGAUUGUAACUCAAAUUCAAAUUUUUCCUCUCAUCUACCAAGUGACGAUGAUAAUUCAUUCUGACAGUACUUGUUUUCUGCCACCACCAGUACCAAACAUUUUUCUGGUAAUCAAGGGUCCAAAAUAUCCAGAUAAAGUAUGAAAAAACUAUUAAAAAUAUGAGAAAAAUGAGGGAAUAGUUAGUCCACUUUGCUGGUGGAAAAUUAUCAAAAUUAUCUGAUGAAUAAAAGUCGCCAGCAACGAUAAAGAUGUAUAUCGCAGCGAGGGUCAUGGUCGUGAGGGCCAAACAACGUAUGAGGUCGAUCUUUGGUGGUCGUAUGGAUAUUUGAAGAUCCCCGGGGGAUUUUUUGAUAAAUAUCAAGAGAGAGUGGAGGGGUUGAUGCCGUGGGGUUCUUUCUACGUCGAAGGCAAAACCACAUACCUCGCAGCUAGAUCUGUUAGACUCCUCCAGCCAUCUCUCGAGGCAGGGCUGGUGAACUGCACCCAUUGUGCCCUGAAAAUCAUUCGUUAUCAUUUUUUUUUAAGGGAUGUAUGUGAAAAAAUUAAAUGGAAUAACUCAACA